AUGGAUCCCAAGACAAGAAAGCUUGGGGGAUCUCUAAAAGUUCCUUUUGUCCAAGAGUUGGCUAAGGAAAAUCCCUCUUCUGUUCCAACUCGUUACAUACGCCCUGACAAAGACCAAUGUCCAACCAUCUCUAACGGUGGUUCUUUCCACCAAAUACAAGUUGUGGAUAUGCAAUGCUUGUUUAAUUCUACUGUGGAGAUAACUGAUUUGGAGCUUCAGAAGCUGCAUUCUGCUUGCAAGGAGGGGGUUUUUUCCAGCUCUUCAUUGCUGGAGAAAUUGAAAUCAGGAGUUCAAGAUUUUUUCAAUCUGCCGAUGGCUGAAAAAAACAAAUAUGGUCAAGAACCAGGAGAUGUAGAAGGAUAUGGGCAGGCCUUUGCCAAAUCAGAGGAGCAAAAGCUUGACUGGGCUGACAUGUUAUACAUGAUCACUCAACCAGAAGAUUUAAGAAAACUUCAUUUGUUCCCUAAGCUGCCUCUUCCUCUAAGUUUUAGGAUAAAAACUGUUUUUGACAUGAACUAA